CCUUUGCAAAUCAUAGAAAAACUGAAGCCCCUUGGGCGAGGGAACAGCGGGGCUGGCUCCUGUGCUGACUUGGGCCGAGCCGCUUGGUGCGUGCAAUCCUCACCAGCCCUGCUCUGGAGUUUGAACUGAGCUAAUCAGUGCUCGCUAACGAGCACAGUAUUACUUUGAGAGCCAUAUGGAAUGAUCCAGAUGAGACUUCUGUCAUAUGUAAUAAGCCAGUUGCUGCCAACCAUUUUCUCUGAAAAUGAAUAAAGAAAAUGGAAAAAUUACCUCCUGAUGACGCGCUGACUGCAGAACCAGGAUGGCCGUAUGACAACUUUUGGGUUUAUACUUAGUGUCUUCACAUUUUUGUUGCACGUGGCUUCUGUGUUUAAUUAUCCCAAUGGAAAAGUAAUGCAGUCAUGUGGCGGGAUGAUUCCUGCACACGGACAUAGUCCACAGUCUGGGGCCGCUCACCGCAUUUCAGUGAGUCAGAUGACAUUCAGGCCGGGAGAUCAGAUUGAAGUUACUUUGUCAGGGCCACCCUUUAAAGGCUUUCUCUUGGAAGCUCGUGAUGCUGAGAAUUUGAGUGGACCUCCUGUUGGCUCUUUUUCAUUGAGUGAUAAUCAUAUAUCACAACUUCUGACUUGUGAAGACAUACAGGGAUCAGCUGUGAGUCAUACAAGUUCAUCCAAAAAAACCAAAGUUAACGUGUAUUGGAAUGCUCCAAGCAGCGCUCCAAAUCACGUACAGUUUCUAGCCACAGUUGUUGAGAAAUAUAAAAUCUACUGGGUGAAGAUACCUAGUCCUGUAAUUUCGCAACCAAAUGCACUUCCGUUUACGACACCUGAAGCUACAAUAGCAUCUUUGCCAACAAUAUCUCCAGUCUCUCAUUUAACCAAAUCUUUCAAUGCUUCAGAUUGUGGGAAAAAGAAGUUCUGUAUCAGGAGUCCUUUCAACUGUGACCCAGAGAAGGAGCAUGCUUGUAUGUUCUUGUCGUUCACAAGAGAGGACCAGUCGGUGUUGGUUGAAAUGAGCGGUCCCAGUAAAGGCUAUUUAUCCUUUGCAUUUUCUCAUGACCGAUGGAUGGGUGAUGACGAUGCUUACAUAUGUAUUAAUGAGGAUCAGAUGGUGCAUGUGCAGCCUUCCCAUUUGGCAGGGCGAAGCCACCCUGUGAUGGACUCCAAGGCUGUUCUUGAGGGCGUAUCUUGGAGGUUGGCAGAUGGCAUCAUGCAGUGUUCUUUUCGAAGAAACAUCACCUUACCUGGGGUGAAAAAUAGAUUUGAUCUCAACACAAGCUACUACAUAUUUCUAGCAGCUGGUGCAGCUAAUGAUGGUCGAAUUUAUAGGCACUCCCAGCAACCUUUGAUUACAUAUGAGCAGUAUGAUGUGACAGGCCCUCCAAAAGAUGCAGGAGGGUCCCGUUCCACCCUCAUUCUGAAGGCUCACGGUGCUUUAAUGUUUGUGGCGUGGAUGACUACCGUUAGCAUAGGAGUACUGACUGCUCGGUUUUUCAGACCUGUUUGGUCAAAAGCUUUCUUCCUUGGUGAAGCAGUUUGGUUUCAGGUGCAUCGAAUGCUCAUGGUCACUACAUCUGUGCUCACUGGCAUUGCUUUUAUUAUGCCCUUUAUAUACAGAGGAGGCUGGAGUAAGCACGCAGGUUACCACCCAUACCUCGGCUGUGUGGUGAUGACCAUAGCAGUUCUUCAGCCACUUCUGGCGGCCUUCAGGCCACCUUUGCAUGACCCAAGAAGGAAAAUAUUCAAUUGGACACAUUGGAGUAUGGGUACAGCUGCGAGAAUAAUAGCAGUGGCAGCCAUGUUCCUGGGGAUGGACUUACCAGGACUGAAUCUCCCUGACCCACAGAAGACCUACACAAUGAUCGGGUUUGUAGCCUGGCACAUCGGGACGGAGAUUGUUCUGGAGAUACAUGCUUACCGCCUCUCUCGAAAAGUGGAAAUACUAGAUGAUGACAGAAUUCAGAUCCUUCAGUCUUUCAGUGCGGCAGAAGCAGAGGGUCAUGCUUUUAAAAAGGCUGUUUUGGUGAUUUAUGUCUGUGGGAAUGUGACUUUUCUCAUCAUAUUCUUGUCUGCAAUCAACCAUCUUUGAGCAAGAGAAG